AACAAAUGUGACAAUCAAAGAAUCAUUUCGAAUUUUUUAAUAUCUACGUAUUUCAUACUAUUGCAAAUAGUUGUAUUAAUGUUUGUAUUAACGUGAUUUUAAAGAUAAUUGACAGAAUGACUAUUGAUCCAGCAAAGUCUAUAUCUGCAUUUUACGCUGGACAGAGUAUAUUUUUGACAGGUGCAACAGGAUUUCUAGGUAAAGUUUUUAUCGAAAAGGUAUUACGAUCUUGUCCAGAUGUUUGUGAAAUAUUUCUAUUAAUGCGACCGAAAAAAGGAUUAAAUGUUGAAGAAAGGCUUAAAAAAAUGCUAAAUUUACCGUUAUAUAAUAAAUUACGCAAAGAGCAACCUGCAAAUUUUGAGAAAUUAAUUCCAAUUUCUGGCGAUGUCAGAGAAAAAGAAUUAGGUUUAUCGGUUGCAGACAGACAAAUGCUGAUUGAAAGAGUGACUAUAAUAAUUCAUUCAGCGGCUAAUAUGAAAAUGCAUGAUAGUAUAAAACGUGCCAUAUUUGGCAAUAUCAGAGCAACAAGAGACAUUUGUAUUUUAGCUCAAAAUAUGAAGAAUUUAAUUGCAUUGGUGUAUAUUAGUACAGCGUUUACACAUGUACAUGAACCAUUUAUUGAAGAAAGAGCAUAUCCACCUAUAGCUGACUGGCAAAAGAUAAUCGAAAUGGCAGAAAUUUUGGAUGAGCAUACUUUAAAUAUUUUUACAACUAAUUGUACAGAUUCUACACUUAUUGUUUUAAAUUGUACUAGUCAAAAAUAUUUGACACGUCAUGAUAAUAUUAAACUGUUACUCAAUAUUAUGAAUAAUAUACCAAUGGAAGGAAUUAUCUGGACUCCUAAUGCAGUGAUAACCGACAACACCGUUCUGUUUUAUAUACUAACAUUAUUGCGUAUUCUGCCAGCUAUAUUAAUAGAAUUAAUUUUUAAAUUUUCUGGCCGCCCAUCUGCGAUAGUACAAAUGCAAAGAAGAUUAUAUAUGGUAAAUUGGACUUUGAGUCAUUUUAUGCUUCGUGACUGGAAAUUCAGCAAUACAAAUUCGUUGAUACUAUUAUCGUCAAUACCACCUGACGAUAGAGAUGUGUUUUCUUUUGAGCAUACUGAUUUUGAUAUUAAAAGACAUAUCAAGAGUACCGUAACUGGUAUCAAAAAAUUUCUUCUUUAUGAAGAUAUGAAUAGAUUGGAUGCAGCCAGAACACACGAUAAAAG